GGAUCCACAUCAGACAUUAGAGAAGGCCGUCAUUGCUGAGCUAGAGAACUUGGAGUUCGGUUAUCUAUAUUUUCAGCUCCUGUGUUGGGAAGAAAAGAGGUUUAGUAAAAUGACGAGACUGAAUAUUUUUAUCUUGAGCCUUUUGGCGCUUAUUAGUUCAUCUUCAGCAUAUGUGACAUGCCCCGAAGACUGGGUAAGACACGGGUUCUCCUGUUACUACUUCCGGUCAUGUGACGUCACGUGGGAUGAUGGUGAGCGCGAAUGUCUGGCUCUUGGCGGCCAUCUUGUUUCCAUAGACACCAGGGCGGAGCAGACCUUUGUUGAAAAUCUGGUGGCAGGAGAAAAAGGACCGUUCUGGAUCGGUCUAAACGACAAGUAUCGAGAGGGGCAGUGGUUCUUCACGGACAUGAGGCGACUCCGUCCCGAGCUGGGACCCCUUUGGUCCGCCAACGAACCCAACAAUCAUGGUGACGAAGAUUGCGUCAUGUUUCCCCAUGGCAACGAUAAGAAAUGGAACGACGCCAAGUGUAAUUUAAAGUACAGCUUCAUCUGUGAGAUUGAACAUUUCGGUUGCCCGGACGGCUGGGCGGAGUACGGCGACUCCUGCUACCAGCGGAUCGCAUCCCCCAAGGCCCAUCAGUUCGAUGCCCAGACCCACUGUCAGACCAUCCACCCGGACUGCAGCCUGGUCAAGAUCGACGACCAUGACGAACAGACCUUCCUGGAGUCGUUCAUAGGAGGGAGCUGCGCAGACUGGAUUGGUCUUAUUGGAGAUGUUGACCCAGAUGCCAACGGCGCUUCCGCGGCGCACCACAACAGCGGCGAAGUUCUGAUUCGCGACUACUUCUUCACCGACGGCCAACCGAUGGUGCACGAUUUCUGGAAGUCGGGCGAACCCAACUUCGACAAGGACAACGAUCGCGUGUGUACCAUCCAGAAGAACGCCGUGGGAUGGAACGACUACGGGUGCAACCAGGACCAGAGCUACGUCUGUGAGCUAAAGAAACCAAGCUUCUAAAUGAUCGUAAUAAAAAAGUCAAAUGAUUAUGAUAGCGUUAUAAAUGCAAUCAUGUGAAGAGAUACCUGGUGCGUAUAAUUCGUACUAACGUCCUCUAUAUUGUGUAUUAUCCAGGAUUUUUCAAAGGGGGGGGGGGGUCAAAUUUUUCGGAGGUAAAAUUUGACAAGCUCCCCCAAACAAGGUUUUUAACCACAAAUUAAUGAUAUUUCGUACCCAAAAAAAUUGACUAGCAAAAAAAAUAAAAGAAAGGUCUUCAAUUUCAAAAGAGGUUGCACACCUCUGUUUAAUGGCAAUUUUACAUUACAAAUUUAAUUUUGCUUCUCAAAAGUGGGGCAUGUACCCCCUGUGCCCCCCAUGUUAUUUAAAUACGAUAGAUGAAACCCAUGCUGUUUACACUCUUCUCACGCUUGCAUGAAGACUAUUAUGAUAAAAGAAAUCUACCAAGAUUAACAUAUUAGAAGGGAGUUUCUGCACCGUGACGCACAACUCUUCCAAGAACACAUACAAUUAUUUUCAAGUGCCUUUCAAUUUCAUGAAAAAUCGAACAACCAAGAAGUCUUUGUAGAAAAUUGGUGAAUCAAAACUGCAGUUUCCUUCUAGCUUCUGGACAAACGACAUAUUCGCAAUUGUUCUUCAGCUUAGAAACUUAGGUCGAAACUGCUUUACCGGUUCACCAAUUUUCGACAAAGACCUCCCAGAUGUUCAUUGUGAUAUGACUCACAUUUUCAAUAAAUUAACUAUUUUUUUGUUAAUUAGUUAUGCGUCGCGCACAAAAACAUACUAAUGAUUCGUUGAGACCGCAAAUAGCAAUGUGUCACUCUUAUAGAGCGUUUUGAAGAUAGAGUUGAUCUAUAUUCCUGCAACAGUCAACAUAUAGGUCAUAAAGUAUUACCAUCCGCGAUUUAGUUGCCCCUUUUCUGUCUUCAAAAUCUGUUUCUAAUGAUAAUGGUAUGAUAUGACAUUUUUUACUAUAAUGAAAUAAUUGUUGCCUUUCAGUGCUAAAAGUUUGUAAUAAAAUGUAGUUAUGAUUUGUAUUAA